AUGGGCCUCAUCUUGCAGGCCCAUAGACCCCCAGCCGGCUUCGCCCACCCAGCCUCAAUCCUCCAGAUGCUGGCCCUGCAUGUGCUGGUACUGACCCUCCUGGUGGGCCUGACCCCUGGGGCUCCUGCCCCAGUCCUGGAGCGAGUGGGCAUUGUUGGGGAAGAGGAAGCCCCUGGGAGCAAGUGGCCAUGGCAAGUGAGCGGGUGGGUCAACACAGAAUUCUGGAUACACUUCUGUGGGGGCUCCCUUGUGUAUCCCCAAUGGGUGUUGACUGCGGGCCAUUGUGUUGGACCGAAAGUCAUGAACCCCUCAGUCUUCAGGGUGUAGCUCCGCGAACAGCUUCUCUACUACCAUGACCAACUGCUGCCCCUCAGCAGGAUCUUCAUGCACCCAAACUUCUACUUCGAGCAGGGAGGUGCUGACAUCGCCCUGCUGGAGCUCCAGGAACCUGUAAAUACCUCCAACUACGUGCAGCUGAUCUCCCUGCCUUCCACCUCCCAGAGCUUCCCUCCAGGAACCCCGUGCUGGGUGACUGGCUGGGGAGACAUAGACAGUGAGAACCAUCUGCCACCACCAAACCCUCUGAAGGAAGUGGAGGUCCCCAUCGUGGAAAACAGCCUUUGUGACACCAUCUGCCACAAUGGUCUCCACACGGCGGACAACAUCCACAUCAUCCGAGAUGAUAUGAUAUGUGCAGGAAAUGAAGGGCAUGGCUUCUGUCAGGGUGACCUCGGAGGGCCCCCGGUGUACAAGGUGAAUGGCACCUGGAUGCAGGCAGGCGUGGUCAGCUGGGAUGAUGGCUGUGGCCAUCCCAACAGACCCGGCAUUUAUGCCCACAUCACCUACUAUUUGGACUGGAUCUACUGCCAAUGUCCCCAAGGAGCUCUGAGCUGGUGA